AUGCACCCGCCGGCUGCCAUUCCCGGCCCGUGGGGCUACCGUCGCGACCUGCCGCCCUCGAAGCCAUUGUUUGGAGCUCACACGCUGGGGUCAAAGAACUUCAACUUCAGGGACAUGAGCAUGAGGAAGGGAGGCAUGGAAUCCGGGUACUUCGGCAUCCAGCCAAUGAGGGGGUCGUCGCCCACUGCGAGCCUGGCCGCUGACAUGUCGUCAAACCUACAUGUCGAUCAGAGCCCUCAGCUUGUCACGCCCCGUCGGUCGCUAUUUACGUCGGGUUUAUUUCACCAGGUCGACACUCAGGGCGUAACCACCCCUCCAGUCAGAUGGGAAGGCGUGACCACGCCGCCAAUCCCCGAUUCCUCGCCCAGCUUUGUGCCUGACUCCAUGGACAUCUCGCCGCUCCCGCACAAGGCGCCCUUCAGCUACAUCACACUGCCAUCUCCGUCCCCGGAGGUGAUGCCCAGCAACGGAGACGACAUGCUCUCCCCCUGCGAGCUGCCACAACUUCCCACGAACAUGCUAGACAUUCCACGACCAAGCUCAGCUGCCGACCGCAAGAAGUCCAUCCUUCUCCGACCAUCUCUUGCGCGUGCGAAGAACUUCUCGACUAACACUGUAUCCUUCAAGCAGCAGGAACAGCAACCGUGCCCACCAUUCAGGUUUGGCGCCGGCUGCGACCGAGACAGCUUCGGUAACAUUGGCAACACAUCUUCACCCAGUCUUGACGAAUGCUUCGCCCCCUCACCACCUCAGGAACGUCGCCCGUGCUCUAAUGGAUCACUUUUCGCGUCAUCAAAGGCUAAGCCUUUCCCCUUCGGCUCGAGUAUACAAUCUCGCAACAACGGCUCACCCCUUGCUGCCAUCAGGAAACAAAGUGCCGCCCACACCCGUCCUCGACCCAGUAAGAUGAGGAGAUCGCUAAGCAUGUUUGAGCAUCCUGGCGACGUGAUGAACGCAAAGCAAGACGGUGACGAGUCUGGCUCACCUAGCAGCCUGUCGUCUGUGAUGGAUACAGAAGAGUUCCCUUCACUCAAGCUGCCUCACUUCACACCUUCUGAGCCCGAGAGCCUCCCUCGUAUCAACCAUGAAACACUUAUCCAAGUGCUUGACGGUGCUUACGAUCAUUUGUAUGACGAGAAGGCUAUCAUCGAUUGCCGUUUCGAGUAUGAGUACAAUGGUGGACACAUUGAAGGUGCAUUGAACUUCUGUGAUAAGGAGCAAUUGGCUGAGCGUCUCUUCUCUGCACCAACUAACAACAACACCCUUCUCAUCCUCCACUGUGAAUACUCCGCGCAUCGCGCCCCUCUCAUGGCUAAGUUUGUGCGCUCGCAAGACCGCAAAGAGAACGCGCAUCGCUACCCUGCAUUGCACUACCCUGAGGUCUACAUCCUCGACGGUGGCUACAGCUCUUUCUAUCACUCCAACUCGACUCGAUGCUUCCCGCAGAACUAUCUUCGGAUGGAUGCUAAGGAGCACGAGCAAUCCUGCGAACGUGGCUUGAACAAGCUUCGACAACGCUCGAAGCUCAACCGUGCACACACAUUCGCAAUCGGCCAACACUCUUGCCAAAUGGAAGACAGCCCUACGGCUCUCGGCAGGUCAAAGAGUGGAGGCAACAUCUUCACGCUUGGCGACGACUCACUGAACGUUGGACGAAUAGGCGCUUCACGUCGCAUGGCUUCUUACUAA